AUGACCCAAACUGGAAAAGAUUGGAACAGUUCGCCUCAGCAAUUUCAGUUUGACCGAGGAAGGUACUGUUUAUCAGGCAAGAAACCUGAUUGUACUGGUACUUUUACAACUUUAACAAAUAACUUGAGGCACUUCACGUGUGAAUCACAUAAAUCUGGGUGCAAAGUUGACCAACGUGCUUACAACAUCUUAAUUACUGGAUUUUGUGCUCAAGGAGAUCUGAGUUCAGCCCAUGAGCUACUGGAGGAGAUGAUCAGCAGUGACUUGUCUUCAGAUGCUUCAAUUUUUAAGAGAUUAAUUCUUGAUUCCUGCUACAUGGGGUCUGUCUAUACAGCGUUGAAGUACCGAAAUAUGAUGGUACGAGAAGGUUUCCUUCCUGAUACCGUUACCUGCCAUUUUAUUGUUAAGCAGUACUGUACUGAAGGGCGUGGGAUAGAAGCUUUGCACCUGAUUGAUGAAAUGAUGGAUCAAGGCAUUGUCCCCGACUUGUAUACCUAUAAUGUAGUCAUUGACCACUUGUGCAAAGAUGAAAACACAGAAGAGAAAGAAGGGCGUUUGCAGGAAGCUUUGCAUCUAAUUGAUGAAAUGGUGGACCAAGGGAUCGUCCCAGACUUGUAUACCUAUAAUGUAGUCAUUCAACAGUUGUGCAAAGAUAUAAACCCAAAGAAAGCGUUGGAGUUAAUCACGGUGAUGCUUAAGAGGGACAUGUUUCCCAAUGUUAUGAUUCUUAAUACUCUUAUUGAUGGAUUUGUUAAGCAGUCCAAUUUUAAGAAGGCUGGUAUGUUUUAUUGGGGAAUGCUAAAACUUGAGAUUGCUCCUGACAUCACCACGUACACAAUUCUUAUUGACAUGUUAUGCAAGCGGGGAAAAGUGAGAAAGGACUACAGACGGAGAAAAGUGAAAAAAGCCUACAAAUUAUUUAGGAAAAUGAUCAGGGAGGGUAUGAAUCCCGAUAACAUCUGUUACACCUCCAUGAUCGCUGGCUUUUGUGAAAUUGAAGAUGUGAACAAGGCUUGUGCUUUGUUCCGCGACAUGCAAAAAAGAGAACUCUUGCCUACUGUUGUUACCUAUACUUGCCUCAUUGAUGCAUUUAGCAAGUUAGAUCAGAUGGACGAGGCCAAGAAGUUGCUAAAAAUGAUGGUAAGACAAAAUAUUUCUCCUGAUGUCAAGACUUAUAGUUGCCUCAUUGAUAAAUUUUGCAAGUUACAUCGAAUGGAUGAGGCCGAGAGGUUGUUGGAUAGAAUGAGAAAAGAGAACAUCUCUCCUGAUGUCAUCACUUAUAAAAUAAUGAUUCUGGGAUAUGAAAUGGUUGGAAAUACUGAUCUAGCUUAUGAUAUGACUGAUGAGAUGCAGAGAUCGCUAAUACAAACACUUCCCCCUCCACUAUCAGAGUCCUUAGCUGCCGCCGCCGCCGCCGAUUUACUCAACCUUCUUAACAACUGUUACAAUGGGGGAUACCCAAAAGACUCUUCUUUUGCUUUAAGUCCUGCUUGUUGGCGAGCAAAUCAGAUGGACUCAACAACAGACCCACGGUGCGUACAUGCACGCGCCAUCACAACUGGCGCGGCGAAAGCGAACCGUGCAGUCCUCAACAACCUCAUCACUCUAUACUCCAAAUCCAAUCUCCCUUCACACGCCGUCCGUGUUUUCCAGGCAAUCCCAUCACCCAAUGUCGUUUCAUUUACAGCGCUUCUCACAUCCGCAUUCUCCAACUCCCCACUCUCCGCCUUUCAUCAUUUCAUUUCCAUGCUUCGCCGUCAAAUCCUCCCCAAUGGCCAUACUUUAACCUCCCUUCUCAAAACUUGCGCUUCUCUUCCUGCACUCACCUUCGGGCUACAACUCCAUUCCCUUGCUAUCAAAUUGGGUUUCUCUUCAGAGCCGUUUACGGCUUCAGCUCUUGUGUCGUUGUACUUUAAAACUGGGUUGUCGUGUAAUGCGAAAAGGGUGUUCGAUGAAAUGUCUGUGAGAGAUGAGGUUUGUUUCUCGUCGGUUAUUGUCGGGCUUGCUCGGAACUCCAAGCCUAUUGAUGCUUUGUCGUGCUUUGUUGAAAUGCGGAGGAGUGGUGUGGCAUCUACUAUGGUUAGUGUUUCCGGGGCUCUGCGGGCGGCUUCUGAUGUUGCUAUGCUGGAACAGUGUAGGAUUAUUCAUGGGCACGCGAUGGUAACGGGGCUUAAUUUGAAUGUCAUUGUAGGCAGUGCAUUGGUUGAUGGGUAUGGGAAAUGUGGGCUUCUGAGGAACGCUCGUGGAGUGUUUGAUGAGCUAGAAAUGGAACUCAAUAUUGUCGGGUGGAACGCAAUGAUGGCAGGGCAUGCUCAACAAGGUGAACAUGGCAAUGUCAUAGAACUUUUCACUUUGAUGGAAGAACGAGGAAUGGUGCCGGAUGAGUACAGUUUCUUAGCUAUCUUGACAGCAUUUUACAAUGCAGGUUUAGUUGAAGAGACAGAGAUAUGGUUCAGGAGGAUGACGGAAGAAUAUAGCAUGGAGCCGUGUCUUGAGCACUAUACGUGUUUGGUAGGUGCAUUGGGGAAAGCAGGGCGUCUGGAGAAGGCAGAGCGGAUUGCUUUAACCAUGCCUUUUAAGCCGGAUGCAGCUUUAUGGCGAGUAUUAUUGUCUAAAUGUGCCUAUCACGUGAAUAUGGAUAUUGCGUGGAGGAUGAGUGAUAGGUUGUUGCAAAUUAACCCAAUGGAUGAUUCAGCUUAUGUGAUUUUGGCAAAUGCAUAUGCGAGUGCAGGGAGGUGGGAUGAGGUGAGGGAGGUGUGGAAGAGAAUGAAGGAUAAGAAAGUGAGAAAGGAAGGUGGGAAGAGUUGGAUUGAAACGCAGGGAGAGGUUCAUGUGUUUUUAGCUGGUGAUAAAAGGCACGAGAGGACUGAUGAGAUUUAUGCUAAGUUAGCAUAUUUAAUGGAAGAGAUUGAGAAAUUGGGUUAUGUGCCCGUAUGGGCUGAAAUGUUGCAUGAAGUAGAAGAGAAGGAAAAGAAGAAGGCACUUUGGUAUCACAGUGAGAAGUUGGCAUUGGCAUUUGGGUUGUUGAAUGGGACAGCACCACCUGGGAAAGCUUUGCGGAUUGUGAAGAAUUUGAGAAUUUGCAGGGAUUGUCACGAGGCAUUUAAGUAUAUUAGUAAACUUGUUGAGAGAGAGAUUAUAGUGAGGGAUGUCAACAGAUACCACAGGUUCUUGAAUGGAAGCUGCAAUUGUGGAGAUCAAUGUGUGGAUCUUGAUUUGGCAAUACUACCAAAAGUAGCACUGGCAAUACAGUGUGGAUCUUGA